AUGCCAAUUGAUAUGGGCCUUUCUCCCUUGCAACCACUGCUGAGUGCGGACCACGCAGGACUCAACCGCAUUCGCCUCGUCGUGCCGAGGCAUCCAUGCAGCCACUCAAUAGAGUGUUGGCACGGCGGCGGCAGCGGCAAGAAGAAGAAGCAGUGGAAAGGGAAAAGCAGCAGCAGUGUUAUUGCCGUGGAUCGAAGGCGAGGCGUACUUCAUGUCUUCCUCCCAAUCCCCGCGCCCCACCGCCGCAUCAUCCUCCCUCGGCGGAGGGUCCACGGCGCCCUGCGCGUCAUCAGCGGCAUCAGGAAUCCUGAGUCCCGUGGCUGCGGCGCCGCCACCGGCCUUGUUGCUCACGGCCUCAUCUCCUGUUGGAUUGUCCCACAAAAGACGUCACACCAUCGGCGGCCACAUCUUCGUUGUCCGGAAGAUCGCUCUUCUUCUCCGCCUCCUGCGGCGCACCCGCGGUGUCGCUGGGCAAGAGCACUCCGUUGCCGUCGUGGCACCUGGGGCGACUUCCUUCUCCUCUGGCGACGGAUGUUUCUGAGGAGCAGCUAA